AUGCAGUCGGUUCUUGUGUGCUUCUUGGCCGUUCUCUGCUACGCCCACGCCAACAAGUUUAUUGAUGGUCUGGUGGAGGUGCAUUCGUCCAUUCGUGGAAACUUCAAAUAUCUGGGCAAGACAUUGGCUCCCCUGAAAUAUUCCAAGGAAUUGGAGAGUCUUGCACACGUAUGGACGGCUACUUGCCGUAUGGUUCGUCCGUUUGAUAGUAGACUUAACAACCUCGGAAGCAGUGUUAUUACCUGCCCCCAUUACCGGUCGUUGAAGCACGAGUGGCGGACUCGAAUGUCAAUGGAGGCGAGGGCCUUCAAUCCAGCUACUGGGCAAUGCGUCGGCUCUCCUUGCGAGCAUUAUAGGGAAGUGGUUCAACCAAACAAUACCGAAUUCGGCUGCGCGACAAAAAGAUGCCUCAUAUCAAAGCCCAAAAUGAUGUUUAUACGUUUGUCCGUGUGCCUCUAUCGUGCCGAACGACAAAGUGUGACCACUUCAUCGAUAGCCAUAAGCACAUGGACACCAUCCACUUCCACUUCCACCACCAAAGCACCAAUGGUAACAGGGAUUACAUCGGAGGAGAGCGCAAUCAAAUCGGAGAAGCUAAACACUAGCUUAAAGUUCCUUCUCAUUGAUAAUAGCACCUUAAUGGAAGAAGGGGAAAACAUUGAAGACGCAGAUGACGAGAAUGAAGACGACGAGGAGGGAGAAGAGGAAGAAGAGGAAGAGGAAGAAGAAGAGGAUAUGGCAAAAGGAGCCAAAAAAUUAGCCAACCUCUCACUAACUCUCUUUUCUUCCCUAUUCUUUGCAAUGCUUCUGCUCUCGUAA